CUCUUCGCCCACUUUGAGACUCCACCCUUUCUCUCCUCACCCCACUUUCUGCCGACUUGGACUUGACUUGUCUGACCUACAACUCAACUCUCUUUCUAAGCCAACCAAAGCCUUCACGCCUUACAGCCUUCAAUUUUCGGCUCUCUCAAGUCAUCUUUCCACUCAAAAUAUCCUCCCUUUUCCGACCCGCCAUCUUUCCCCGCCUGAUCGAGCUCGUAGAAGAGCCGGGCCCAUGCCCGCCAUGGACUCGUCUAUCGAGUACCUAAUUCAUCACAUGGUGCUGCCGGGAAAGUUACCUCAAAAGGACGACCGCGAUUCGAUUCACGAUGAAGCCGUGCUUGAUGCCACCCUCGAAGGCCUAAAAAGGUACGAAAAUGACAUCAGCCACACUCCCGAAAUAGCUCAGCAAGUCUCCGCGGUAGCAUCCAGUAUUAUCAACCUCAAGUACAGUCGAGAUAGUCUGGGCCACAUAUGCGAGGAAGAGCUAGAUGAUCUGCUACGCCAGUCCGUACUGGACAGUCCGGACUGCCUGAGUAUCCUCCCCCUUGAAGUCAAAACUCAGAACGCCGGGAUCAUGAUUUACAAAUACAAUGAUGCGAUUGUAUUUGAGAUGUUCGAGCUAUCACCUUUGAACCAAGAGGUCUUGACAACUGAAGGCCGACUAGUCCGAACAUUCCCAUCCCAUGCAUGCCAGGUUCCUAUCGAAGUCGCGCGCCAGGAAGGUUUCACUGCCAUGCUUUCCAAUACUCUCGCCAAAAUGAGUCGACAAGGAGUUACAGAGUUCCAACCAGAAAUGAUCAGGAGUGGUACGAAGUAUCCGGAGAUUCGGAACACGACACACCCUUAUCUUGUUACUGAGUUCCUUGUGCAAAUCCUCGCAGCGAUUGGACAACCAUUGGAAGUGUCGGCAAUUACCAAGAACACACGGGAAGAUGUUCUGUGGUCGCAGGCAGAUCUACCAUGGAGGCGCAGUCCUCUUUGGCUUCUUGUUCGCGUUGUGAUGCAGUUAGGUUUCUUUCGCGCUAGGCCUGACCCCAAACAAUCGACAGCUCUAUACAAAACUGCAAUGAUAUACAUCUUGACGAGUUUAUUGGAGAAAGCUACAAGAGAACCAAUUGAUAUUGAAGACGCGGACCUGAUCCAUAACCUGGCUACCAAGAUCGAUCACAGGCUCAGCAAACUGGAAUCUUAUGGCUCGAACAUCCCAGUUGACUCUUGCUCGACGUUUGCCACGAUAACACUGCGUGAGGUCUCGGCAAAAUUGGACACCUUGUGGAAGGGCACAAUAAAGAGCAGCCAUCGUCAAAUGGAUUUAGAUGGUUUAUCCCGCCUACAGCCAAAUAAUGAUGUUGGCCUGGAUGUUCCCGAAUUAGAUCUGUUCAUCCAGCAUAUCCCUAACCGACCGAUUCGUCCUUGGAAUGCAAAAUUCAAGCCAACGACGCAGUUUCUUGCUUACAAAGAUAACACAAUCCCCACCCUCCCCAAAGAUUUUGACGCCAACUCCAUAUAUACCUACUUUCAGCUCAAAGAGAUAGAGCGAUGGGUACAAUAUCAUCUCCCCAAAUGGUAUGAAAAUCACGCGACAGGUGACUCGGCAGCGCCUAAGAAGUUGAGUGAAUUGAUUUCUUCGUACCACAAGGCUGCGAUUAAAGAAUACUCGAGUCCAGAAACUUGCCCCUUGAGUCUUUCGAAUAUGCAUCUGACAAUCAUGGAUCUAUGGAUGACUUUGGAUAAGUGUGCAAACCGCAAGUCGCCUCACUUCGCCAAAUAUGAUCCCGCCGUGGAUGUUGAACCGCUCCAGGUUCUUAGUCUACCUAACAGAAAUCAACUCACGCGACUGGCUGUUAUAGAAAGUCAUAUACAAAACCGUCGAAAGGCAGUGGAACCAGGAACCCCGUCCAUUUUCAGUGCUUUCGGGGACAAGGACUCAUUCGCUGUACGGCAAUAUAGUCACGAUGCACGUUAUAAAGGAAUACACGAUCGAAUCAUACAGCAGGCCGAGGACCAACGAGAUGCCAAACAUCAGGAACUUCACGGAUUGAAAAUACAAUACCAACAACUGAUGACGAAAGCUGAGACGAUCAGCUGCCAGACCCAUGCACUCACUGUUCGGGAUGGCAAAGUCUUGUCACAUGAUUUAGCCUGUGAAAAAUGCUGUCUCAAGAACAAAGCAACAAACCUGAAUAUCAAAGUCUUCGAAUGGCCGUUGAGCACAGACAAGAACAUAGCAGAAGCCACCGUUUUUGAGCUUCAUGUCCCCGAGUGGUUUCGUUAUUGGAGAGACACCACUCGAUAUAUCAUGAUCGAUGUCAUGGGUUCUCACGAAGAAAAAGAUGCUCGUGUAUUGGCCAAAAUAUACAAUCUAAAGAAUCAGAAAAGUCUCUGUGAAUUCUAUGAAAAUCCAAGGGACCAACGAAUUGGGGUGGUGUCAGUUGCUCCGCCAGUAUCGAAAACUCAUCAGAAAAGCAGAGCCGACAUUCAUUCCUUGACCGCGGAAGAGGUUGUCGUGGCCAACAGCUUGGCUUACAAAUACUACGAUAAAGAAACCGAUACGUUCGUCUCAUCUUUGAGUUCUUCCGAUCGUUUACCAAGUCAAUGCACGUACAAAGUACCGAGUCGUUCAUCCUCGGUUCAAAAAUAUCUGAGCGCGGGAAACUUUGCUGGUGGCCUGACGCCCAAUUCUGUGGUGGCCACGCCUUCUGACUGUCCCCCUCACAUGAGCUUGAACCAGUACACAGCAUUCAGCUCUCUGCCCAUGGGUAACCACAUUCGGUGUGCCAACAUCUUACGCCAGAUCGCUUCACCUAGUAUCGACUUAGCAAACCCGGAGACACAAUGCUUGGUGAUGGAUACGCUCAUGCAGGCUGGGCCGCCAGCCAGCGACGGCAGCAUCGAGCGCGCUGCUCAUUGGACAUUUCGGGAUGCAGCUUUUCUCAGCCCGCUUCUGGAUAAUAUGGAAAAGCUUAAGUCCAGGCUCGAUAAAAAUUGGGAAUCUUGGCGAGCUUUAGCAAUCUUUAUCCAGGUGGCAUUACGCGCUCUUGAUCUGAUGGAUUCGGUACCCGACAAGCUCCACGAUCGCUAUAUUGAAUUUAUCCGCGAUGCACGCGGAACCGCCUUCAACUGGUUCACAGAGUUGAGUUCUAAAUUGGAAACCGCGAUAGAUGACGCCAAUCGCAUUGACUUGUACUCAAGAUCUACAGAAAUCGCUUUGGUCUGCAUGAGCACGUACGAUGUUAAUAGCACGAAUCUAUCCAAAAUAUGGGAACCCGAUACUCAAGCGCAUGCUAUGAACUAUUUCUCCUGUUCGAUCUCGAUACAAAGACACCACAAUACUGCAUCCUCAGACGAUCCGUUUCUAUAUAACAUUCUGUUGCAGUCCUGGAAGCGAGUGCUCUAUCACGUAUUUACUACUAUGAGGCACGAUUUGAUCAGCGAGGAUUUUAAAGAGGGUCUCAACGACGCGAUCAUGAUCAACUGGCCAGAUUUCAAUCCGAUGGAAGAGGAAAAUUGGUCGGAACUACCAAAACACUACCGUCACUGGAUCAAGUGUCAAGUAAAAACAUCCGAGCCAAGGUCUUUGCAGCUAAACACAGACGAAGUACAUUAUAACUUGUUGACGGGAGAAGUACUUGUGAAUGAUUCACCACUAGCACGUCUCCCAGAUGCAUACACCAACCACAAAACUUAUCUGUCUCUCUUCCGAGUGAAACCCACGCAUGUAGCUCUGUCUAGCGAACGAGGUACCAGAUAUACCAUUACGCAUCCUUCUUGCGAGAUGCCAAUUCAUCUAGGUAUAUGCAAGGAGAAAGCAGACUUAUUUGUGGUGAUUGAUUAUAUGGAUCAGAAGUUUGAUCUGGUACCUGCGAGGGUUUUCAAUGGCAUACUUCCGGUCGCGUUCGUUGGAGGUUUCCAUCAUUGGUAUUGCCACCAGAAUCAAAGCAUCAUAUUCAGGCCCAAGUCUACUCCGUGGCCGUCAAGCGAUGAAUCGUGGACCAUGCAGAAAACCGGUCCUAUCUGGAAGCUCAGUAGAGGAAACAAAUGGCUUGUAAACCCUACAAGCGAUACUGGCACAUCGAUCUGUGCCAUUAUGGGUACGCUCGAGCAUAGCACACAUACUCACAUCACACUCGACUCGCAAAGUUCAACUGUCACGGUCGAGCUGCCUCGAUUGCACCUUAGUUUUACCUUUACAGCCGGUCAAUCGUCCAUGUAUUCAAGAGAGUACAAAGGGAUGAUCGUCGAUCACAAUCAGCAAAUCGACACUCUGGUUGGCCUGGGAACCAAGUUGGUUCUGCGGCAUGCCAGCGGCGUUGAUGAUCGUGUUGUCAUAAUCCCAGAAGGGCCGACGAUCGUAAGCAGGGUAUCCAAUAACGCACUAAAAGUUUCGGUCUCUGUGGAUUCGACGUCUAGACUACAUGCGUACCGGAUCGAUGCCCAUUAUGGACGUCUGAUCGACUCAGGAAAUGUUCACAGCAAGCUAUGGCUUUGUUAUCUUCAUGCAACCACGUCUCAUUGUUUACCUGAUCCUCUCACGGCACAUACAGGAACUGAAUCCGCCCUAGCCAUCUUACGAUCAGCGGCUGCGUUCUCCUUUGACGUGUUGACGGAACGUGAUGUCAAAGUCUUGGUACUCAUAGCAAACUUGACGCCUGCCCGAGAUUUUUAUCCACGUUCACUCAAUGUGCUCCAACAAGUGCGUUGGAAUCCAAUUCUGCCGUACAUGUCCCAACACCCGGAAUUCAUACUUGUCGUACAGCAGAUGUUUGACAAAGCUCAUCAGCAGGAGAUCUUCUUCUCGAGUAGCCAGGUCAAUCCUACUCUGAUAGCUUUUGCGAACCGGGAACUACUCGUACGUGACAAAAUUCGAACGUCACUUUUUCGAGUCGAUGGCUUUGGUGCUGAAUGUCACAAAACUGGCCGUGAUAGGACAUACCCUGGAAGACCCGGCCUCCACUCGGAUCGAGCAUCGCGCUCAUUCAUUGCAGCGGCCUUGAUAACACGGGAGGAAGCUGCACUUCAUUCCAGGGUCAACGCAAAAGAGCUGCAAGAUGCUCUACGUGCCAAACACUUCGAUAAGGACGCAACGGUUGCUACCUGGACCGCAACUGGUCUCGAGAAGCACUGUAUAGUAUAUGACGCAAAGCUUCUGGAGGGACCAAGGUCGCUUCUUCCGAACUCCUGGUUCGACAUCUAUAUUUUACUCGCUCAACGUGGACGUGAAAAAAAUAAAUUCCAUGUCUUGAUAUGGCUAUCUGCGCUUGCUUUCGCGGAAUCUGCGGAUGUGGAUGUCGUACAAAUGUUGGCGUCAUUGUACAGAAUUGGAGAGAUGGGCUUAGUCACGAUUCCUCCAGGCAAAUCUUUGCAACUCCUACGCCAGCAACCCUCAGUGGAGGGAAUCCAACAGGUCGUAGAACGUGGGAAAAGGCCCCUGGAAAACUGCCCCGAGAACGAUAUCCCAAAGUCGAAUCCCAAGGAACGGGAUUGGCAUUACAAGAGAAGAAAGCUCAAUUCAUUAGGGAAAAAACAAGAGCCAGUCGUCAAACGGUUCGCGGAAGCGCUUUACCAUCAGCAUCAUACCGCUCACGGAAAAACUACCGUGCCGACUUUGCCCCAUAUUCCAAGCAGCGACACCUAUAUCAAUACCGAUGUGGUCAUGAAAGGAGUAAGACAGUUGUUCCGAUCCUGGAAUGACUACGACGUAUUCGAAGACCAUCUGAAUAAAGUUGCUACAAGUCUAGAGCGACAAACAGUAGUCGGUGUACAAGUACCAGGAACGCAGCGUACUACAAUCGUGGAGCAGUGUCAUGUACGUCCCGUGCCUCAAUCUUCCGCUACCAGGCAUGUAUUCCAGCGCAGUCCUCCCUUGGAAACUGCCAGCUCCCCGUAUCCCGAAUUUUCUCGUAUAUCCCUUGACAAAAGCAACUCUACAGCACAAUGUCAAUCAGCCAUGCAUAAUUUGGAGUUGCUAUGCAAUGUACGGGAGAUCAAAGCUACCACGCCUUCGCAAAAACGAUUUGCUCGCGAUCUCCGCAGCAGCAUACGCUCUCUUGUGGAACGCCAAAACGGGUCGAUGAUUUCUGAAGACAACAAUAACAAAGAUACUGGCGGUGAUAUCCGAAUGACAGACCCAAUUCACAUUGAAAUUGAACGAUACGCAGAUGAAACCGAACAUUACUUCAAUGAUCUUGAUCGAAUAUUACAUAAACAUGUAAAUGACGACAACUAUGCUGUGAAUCUAACCUCCCGGCUACCGCGUAUUUCUUCAAUCUUCUGGUUUCGCCAGCUCGAGAAGCGGAAUUUCGAAAAACUAUCCAGCGAUUGGAAGCGGGUGAUAAUUAUCUACGGUCUUGCCGCGGCUGAACGCAAUCGCGCACAAAGAAUACGUACACUGGCUUGCACUCAACAAAAUGAAGCACUUGCCGAGGAAAUACGCAAUAACGAAUGCGAGAAUUGGAACCCAACAGAACAUCCUGAAUGGCUUCUCUUCGAAAUAGAGAAUGAUUUCACUCUUCGGAAGAGGCAAAUAGAUAUCGCUGCAAAGAUGAAGGAUCCGCCGUCAGGGAAAAAUUGUGUGAUGCAGCUCAAUAUGGGGGAAGGCAAAUCAUCAGUUAUUAUUCCAAUUGUCGCAGCCGAAUUAGCAGAUGGCGAAGAGCUUGUGCGUAUUGUGGUCAACAAACCACAAUUUGCUCAAAUGCGCCAAACCCUGAUAGCGAAGCUUGGGGGUCUCAUGAACAGGCAAAUCUACCAAAUGCCUUUUGUUAGGACGUUGAAGCCCACAGCGUCAGAUAUUCGAAAUAUAAUCGAGAUCCUCGAUAGAUGCAAAAAGAACGGCGGAAUCCUGCUCAUCCUGCAAGAGCACAUUCUUUCUUUCAAGUUGAUGGGCAUCGAGACUCUCAUCUCCGGCCAACUCGAGACUGGGACUUCCUUGAUAGAGAUCCAGCAGCACUUCGAUGAUUGUUCUCGAGAUAUCAUUGACGAAAGCGACGAGGUCUUCAAUACCAAGCAUGGACUGAUCUAUACCAUAGGUCCCCAACAUAUAAUCGAGAUGGGCUCGCGCAGAUGGGAUCUAAUACAGGAAGUCACGUCGCUAGUACCUGAUUGCAUCCGCCAAGUGCAAGAUAAACAUUCAUCAUCUGUAGAAGUUGAUGAACGUGGGGCGAGAAGGGUCGCGCGCGUGCGACUUCUAGGCGAUGAAGCCCAGAAGAUGUUCCUGGAUAUAUUGAUAGACACAAUCUGCAAGAAAGGCUUAAAAGACCUCCGCAUUCACGAACAGCCCGCACCUAUUCAACAAGCCAUCAAGAAGUACGUGCGAAACUUCGAGCUGACAUGUGAGGACAUUCGCGAAGUCGAAACAAGUGAGUUUUGGUCGUCCGAUACAAGCCAGGCAUUGCACAUUCUUCGCGGGCUUAUCGCCGUAGGAGUGUUAGCGUUUACUUUGCGAUCUAAGAGGUGGAGAGUUGACUAUGGGCCCGAUCCCAACCGUAAACCAAAGACACGGCUCGCUGUUCCAUACCGAUCAAAGGAUUCCCCCACAGCUUCAUCCGAGUAUAGUCAUGCUGAGGUAGUCAUUCUUUUGACUUGCCUGAACAACUAUUACAACGGCUUAUCUGACAGCGAUCUCUUUGAGGCUUUCACGCAUCUGUUGAAGUCGGACGGUUUGAGGCAACAGUAUGAAAAUUGGACUCAGCAUGCACACCGGCUGAGCUAUGAAUUCAUAUCACCAAACGCUAUCAAUCUAGAGGAUCGACACAAGUGUAUCAAUGAUAUCUUUCCCAGUUUCAGAUAUGCAAAGCCCGUUAUCGAUUAUUUCCUGUCUAGCAUCGUCUUUCCAAAAGAGAUGCGAGAAUUCCCUGCAAAGCUAUCAGCCUCAGGCUGGGACCUUGCUGCUAAGAAGAAACACCCUACAACAGGUUUCAGCGGUACGGCAGACUCAAAGCAUGUUCUCCCGCUUAACAUGGAUUUUCUAGAUCUUGAAGAACAACAGCACACAGACGCACAGGUCCUAAUGCGCAUCCUCCAAGAUGAUAACACGGUCAAACUAGUACCACCGCGUUUAGAUGGUUGCUCGGAAACAACAGACGCGGAGCUGUUUAUCCGAUUUGUGAGCAAUAUGCAAUCUAAGCCUUCGGUCAUCAUUGAUGUCGGUGCUCAGAUCUUGGAGCUAGACAACCAUGGAGUUGCCGAAAUGUGGUUGAAGUAUGACAAAGAGGCUCAAGCCGUUGUCUACUUCAAUAGUCAGGAAGAGAUCGUAGUACUAGAUCGACAUGGUAGGGUCGGGGCCCUACAAACAUCCACCUUUGCAGACGAUCUAAGCGGAUGUCUUGUUUACUUAGAUGAGGCACACACGAGGGGCACAGACCUAAAGUUACCACAGACAUACCAAGCAGCAAUCACACUAGGCGCGCACCUAACUAGAGACCGGUUCUCCCAAGCUUGCAUGAGGAUGAGAAAAUUAGGCAAAGGCCAAUCGAUUGUGAUUUGCGUCACUGAAGAGAUCCAAAGCAAAAUCCUCGAGUCCGUUUCUGGGAAGUCGGCUUCUAGCAUUAAUGUUUCCGACAUUCUUGAUUGGGUGAUGUCAGAAACUGAUGCAGACCUCGGGCGAAGCAUGCCGUUGUGGGCUACUCAGGGCCGUCGAUUUCAAUGGCAAAGCAAUCUAUGGGACAAAGCUGGCUCAACUCUUGACCAGGAAAAAGCUUUGCGGUUUCAAGAGGAAGAGUCCUCUACGAUUGAAGAUCGUUAUGGUCCACGUGCAGGAGUCUUACCCAGGCAAUCCAUCGACAGUUCAUCCGACCGGUUUUUGACGGAAAUAUCGAAUCGCUGUCAAGAAUUCCAAGCAUGGGAUGUAGGUACCAUUACUUUCGAGGAAGAGCGAGAGCGAGCGCUCAACCCCGAAGCUCAAGUCGAACAAGAACGUGAAGUGGAGCGACCUCCAAACAUGGAAUAUGCCACACAUAGAGUAUCUCCUGGACUGAUCCAACUCAUCAAGUCUUCAAAGAUACCGAUCGACUCUAAUGGAAUUCUGCCUGCUUUUGAAGCGCUCCAAUGGCCCAAAAUGCCCCAGGGAUUCCCCACGGGCCUUCUUGUGACGAGGGAUUACAUUCGUACCGUUGAAGUAUCAGCCAAUCAAAGCGCUUCAACCCCUGAUGUAUACUUGAAACCCGUCGAAUGGCUGUUGUCAGUUAAAGUAAAAGACAGCAAGACUGAGUUCCGUAGACUCAUCAUCAUCAGCUCUUUCGAAGCAGACAAAGUACUGCCCGCGGUACGCAAAUCAGACCACGCAUUGCUGCAUCUGUAUGCGCCCCGCAUUACUCUGAAUCAGAAACGGAUGGACUCACUUGACCUUUAUUGUAUUGGUAAGAACGCCGAUCAAUUUGCCGCGAAACAUAUCGACAUGAGCGAUACCUUCCAGCUCAAUAUAUUUGCGGGCCAACUGUGGUUCAACUCAUGGCAGGAUUACGGAGCAUUCGGGAGGUUUGCCAACUUGGCUACGACUAAGGCAAUGGCACACAGGGCGGACAAGAACGACGGAUUUAUAAAGAACGGGUCUGGCAAAUGGGGCCUCAAGGAGAGUCCAGUACCAUUCAUGCUUCGAUUGAUCGAAGCUCGACGGGGUGGUGAGGGAAUCGGGGGAACGCACAUGGGUAAGAUGCUACGAGGUUCCUUGCUUGAGCCGAACGACUUUUGAAAGUACGAUCGUUGGGGGUGUCAGUCUGCAAGGGGAGGUAUGAAUCGGUGCACGAACGAGACAUGGCUGAAGAGAAUUCGACUUUCUCUUUACGCACGUGAUCCUGCACAGGACGAAGGAAUAGGGGUGAAACGAGAAUGUUGAAAAUGGGUUGAGUUCAUCUGUUGGGGGAACAAGAUUGAUUGAUGAACGAAAUUGUGUCUGGCGUUUGGGAAAUCGGAACAAUAGUGUAGCACCUUUACUCAAUCUCUACGAGUUGCUAUAUCAAUCUUGAAUCCGAUACUGUUUCUGCUCAUUCCAACUACCUAGGUUUUAUGAUCAUGCAGUGACAUGCAUCUGCGGUUUGGUGACAAGCAGCACAUGCUCAAUGUUAAAGUUCAGAAGAGACAUGUUUACGUUUUAUCUACUUGAUAUCUGUCAGUAAAAUCAACGGAUUCCUAGUUGUUUAUGUCAAAUAGGUACUGUAUGGUACUAAGGCCUAUCCCCGUAGAAGUCGAUGAUUAAUUCAAAUCACUGUUGGUAUUGACUAUCUACUAGUAUUUCCACAGCAUUCUGAUCAAUCCUCGAAACUUUGGGUGCUUUACCAAGAGUUUGCCACUGGGUUUUAGGUUGAGAAUCGGAAAUCCGGAUCGUAGGACGCUCCAUCAACGAUGUGAGUUGCUACGUGCAGAAAUAUAUGUAUCACGUGACUUUGGUGAGCGUCUGGAUACAUAUGUACCUGGGUAGGUGUCUGGGUAAGUAUGUAGGUAGCUCACUGUUGAUAAGUCACUCCUCAGUACAUCUUCAAAAUCAUGCACCGUUUUCAUGCAUUUUCAGUUUGACACGAAUUCUAAAUUUUGGUAUCGAAAUCCAUGACACACGCACGAC